AGAUAUAGGAACUCCACGCGCACUUUCACUGUGAAAAUAUCAUCAAUUUGGGAGCUCUCUGAUUGGACGGUUUAAUACAAGCGCGUAGGACACUUGACUACACCCAAACCCCCAAACCCCGGGCCUAACCAGUGAAGAUCUCGAUGGGGGCGUUGACGACGGCGUUGAUAGCGAUCGUGGCGGUGGCGCUGGGCUGGUGUACGAUGGAGAUCGCCUGCAAACCCUGUCUGGAGAAAGGCCGAGAAGCCAUAGAUCGAAGCCUCAACCCUGAUUACGACCCCGAUGAUCAAACCACUCUUCACGCCCCACUUAACAUUCCCAUUGAAAACCACGGCGGUGACGCCACUUCCACCGCCGUCAAUUCCGUCUGAUAUUUUUAACCGCUGUUUUCGUUUGGUGUAUUUUGCAUUGUAUGUAGUAAUUGAUGGGUAUAAACAUUCAAUUUUGCCCAAUAAUUUGUGAUUUUGUUUUCUGGAUUCAUAAAUAAGAAUGUCGAUGUUCUGCUUAUAAAAAAAAAAAAAAAAAAUACAAGCGCGUAGAAACGCGUGGGUAGUAAUUAUCUACCGUUAGACAGUUAUGAGGCCUUUUCGAUUUCUUUUCGCCUACCCCCAAAA